GCGGGCGUCUCGACUGCGAAUCCAGCAGCUGCCUCGUUGUUUUUCUCCGCCGCUUGACGAAAAAAUCGAGUGAAUUUGCCAAUAUGAGCCGCAGGAAGAAGAUUAAGUUGGAGUCGGACAAUGCUGCCGAAGAAGAUGAAGUUGUUGAAAGUCCAUCGACCGGCUUGGAAAAAACCAAAGAUAAAAAGCCGUCGCUGCUCCACCCCUCCUCUUCCACGGUCAACAGCAGGUGUGAGAAAAACAAGGAAUCUUCCACAUCUGGCGAGAGUUCAAAUUCAAGCGUCUCAGGAAGCUCGGCUGCAAAAGCUGAUGCUAAGGAGGAAACCACAGAACAAAAUAAUGACCAGCCUGAAAAUGAACUUGAUGCCCUCAAAGGUUUGGACGGAGCUGCGUUCCAGAGCAGAUUACCCUUUGAUAAAUUGACUUCGACCGAAGCCGCUUGUUUUCCAGACAUUGCCCAAGGGCCUUCGCAGACACAGAAAGUGUUUCUGCACAUUCGUAACAGAUUACUUCAGCUUUGGCUGCAGAAUCCGAAACAGCAGCUCAUUUCCGACAACUGUGUGGCCCAAGUAGAGAGCCCAUACAACAGCGACCCAGCCUUUGUGCUCAGAAUUCAUGCUUUCCUCGAAAGACACGGUCUCAUCAACUUUGGGAUGUUCAAGCGAACAAAGCCGCUUCCAAGCAAAAAAUGUGGCAAAGCCAUCGUCAUAGGAGCAGGAAUUGCUGGCUUGGCUGCAGCUCAGCAAAUGCAGCAGUUUGGAAUGGAGGUUGUCGUCUUGGAAGCGAGAGACCGAGUUGGUGGACGCAUUGCCACCUUCCGCAAGGGCAACUACAUAGCUGAUCUCGGAGCCAUGGUUGUGACUGGCCUUGGUGGAAACCCAGUCACCGUCCUAUCAAAACAAAUCUCUAUGGAGCUGCACAAAAUAAGGCAGAAGUGCCCACUUUACGAGUCCAACGGGAACACGGCAGGGGGUGUUCAGGUUCCCAAGGACAAGGACGAAAUGGUCGAGCGUGAGUUCAACCGGCUGCUCGAGGCCACCAGCUACCUCUCCCACCAGCUCGACUUCAACUACACAGGAGACAAACCGGUCUCACUGGGACAAGCCUUGGAGUGGGUCAUUAAAUUGCAAGAGAAGAAUGUGAAAGAGAAACAGGUGACUCACCUGAAGUCAGUUAUUGCUCUUCAAGAUAAACUGAAGAGCAAUCAACACAGGAUGAUCUCGGUCAAAGAUAAGAUUGAGGAGUUGGGCAAGCAAUACAAAGCCUUGGGUGAAAACAAGAACAGAGACAUCACUCAGGAGUUUGUCUUGAGGUCAAAACUCAGAGACAUGAACAAUGAGUGUCGGGAAUAUGAUCAACUUCAAGAGCAGCAAAAGGAAAUUGAAGAAAAGCUGCAAGAACUUGAGGCAUCACCUCCCAGUGAUGUAUACUUAUCAUCCCGGGACAGACAGAUCCUGGACUGGCAUUUUGCCAAUUUGGAAUUCGCGAACGCAACUCCACUUUCAAAUCUUUCCCUCAAACAUUGGGACCAGGAUGAUGAUUUUGAGUUCACUGGGAGCCAUCUCACUGUUCGUAACGGAUAUUCUUGUGUCCCUGUUGCUCUCUCUGAGAAUCUCGACAUCAAGCUGAGCACCGCAGUGCGCCAGAUCAGGUACAACCACAAUGGAGUGGAAGUGGUUACCAGCAAUGCCAGAAACCAGAGCAACCCAAUCACCUACAAAGCUGAUGUUGUGCUGUGCACGCUUCCCUUGGGAGUUUUGAAGCAGACGACUCAGCAGCAGCAAUCUUCUGCUCUGCCCAACACCGUGCAGUUCCACCCACCCCUGCCUCCGUGGAAGGUGGCCUCCAUUCAGAGGCUUGGUUUUGGGAAUUUAAAUAAGGUGGUGUUGUGCUUUGAACGCGCAUUUUGGGACCACAACGCCAAUCUUUUUGGCCACGUCGGAAGCACAACCGCCAGCAGGGGUGAACUCUUCCUCUUUUGGAACCUGUACAAGGCUCCUGUCCUUCUCGCCCUGGUGGCUGGAGAGGCCGCUGCUAUCAUGGAAAAUGUUAGUGAUGAUGUCAUAGUUGGACGCUGCAUUGCUGUCCUUAAGGGAAUAUUUGGAAAUGCUAAUGUUCCACAGCCUAAAGAGACGGUUGUGACAAGGUGGAGGGCUGAUCCGUGGUCCCGUGGCUCGUACUCAUUUGUGGCAGUCGGGUCUUCCGGCAACGACUACGACAUUCUGGCAGCCCCUGUCACUCCACCGGCGCCAGCUGGAUCUCCAUCUAAUGGCAUUCCCAGAUUGUAUUUUGCUGGAGAGCACACCAUAAGAAACUAUCCAGCCACGGUGCAUGGUGCAUUUUUGAGUGGACUUCGCGAAGGUGGUCGAAUUUCAGAUCAGUUCGUCGGUUGCCCGUACGCACCUCCGCCUGGUGCUGCAACCACCAAUGCAACCACUGCCCCAACUGCUACGGCUGCUACCGCCGGCCAGAACUAAAAAGUAGGUCUGUUGGAAACCUUUUUCCUUUUUUAUUAUUUAAACUUUAAAGUAGAACAAGUAAAAUAAAUUAUGCCCCAAAUCAUGAAGAUUCUUCACCGUUGGAGUAAAAGAAAUAAAGCAAAACUAGAUAGUAAAAACGGACAUUUUU